CCGGAAGUUGUUGGUACAUUGCUGCAAUAGAGAUGUCCGAGCUAAUGUAGCUGUAGCCGAAUGAAUGGAUGCUCACCUCUCCAAGAUGACAUAAACUUUUAAUCUUAUAACUCAACUCUGUCUUCCACGUUUUCCCGCCUCUGCUGGUCAGGGUACCAUGGCAACAAGAAUGAAGCUGAAGCUGAAGACAGUGUUUGUGCUCUACUUCAUGGUCUCGCUGCUUGGCCUUGUCUAUGCUCUGAUGCAGCUUGGUCAGCGCUGCGACUGCUCAGAGCAUGACUUGCCUAAAGACCGUACCAUAUCACGACUGCGGGGGGAGCUGCACCGUCUUCAGGAACAGAUGAGGAACUCGGAGGCUACCAAGAAACCACAGAAACCUAUAACUAAUCCCACCAUCUUUGUCAUCACCCCAACAUACGCAAGGCUGGUGCAGAAGGCCGAGCUGACCCGCCUGUCGCAGACCUUCCUCCAUGUUCCUCAGCUGCACUGGAUCGUGGUGGAGGACUCGCCGCACAAGACGCCGCUGGUGUCCGACCUCCUGGUGAAGAGUGGCUUGACCUACACACACCUCCACAUGCCCACCGCCAAGGACCGCAAACUGCAGGAGAAUGACCCCAGCUGGCUGAAGCCUCGUGGAGUGGAGCAGAGGAACGAGGGGCUACGGUGGCUCAGAGAGGACAGAAGGGCUCAGCCGGGAGGAGACAACCAGCAGGGAGUGGUCUACUUCGCCGACGACGAUAACACAUACAGCCUGCAGAUAUUUGAAGAGAUGAGGAGUACCGAGCGAGUGUCUGUGUGGCCGGUGGGGCUGGUUGGAGGGAUGAAAUAUGAGAGGCCCGUGAUCGAGGGAGGAAAGGUGGUGCGCUUCCACACCGGCUGGCGUCCCAGUCGUCCCUUCCCGAUGGACAUGGCGGGCUUCGCCGUGUCCCUCAAACUGGUCCUGGCCAAUCCCGAGUCCUGUUUCGACGGAGAAGCACCGAUGGGCUUCCUGGAGAGCAGCUUCCUGCAGGGACUGGUCACCAUGGACGAGCUGGAGCCCAAAGCAGACAACUGCUCUAAAGUGUUGGUGUGGCACACUCGGACAGAGAAGCCCAAGAUGAAGAGGGAGGAGGCUCUGCAGGCUCAGGGUCUGGGCUCUGACCGUGCAGUGGAGGUCUGAGGAACACAAAUAAACACACAAAAAAACACUCACACACAACCACACACACACUGUACUCCGCUGUAUAAUGCUGCAUAUUUAACUGCGUUGUAAAUACUGUAAAACAAGAACAAAUAUCUGUUAGAGGUGUAUUAUCUGUUAUCUUUUUUGUGUCAGAUAGUAAAUGUAUGUGUGUGUAUAUAUUGAGUGGGUGUGUGUGUGUUGUCACAACAGUGUAUGUUACUGUAUGUAUCAGGUUUUAUUUUAUUACAGUGAGUUAGUGUCUUUGUCUAGCAGUCCAGUGGAGGACGAUUCUGGAGGUUGCCUGAUGGGGGCGCCAUUUUUAAACCUUGCAAAGCCAUGCUGUUACACCACCAGGACAUUUCUCCUCUAAGCUCAUUACAAAGAGCCAUGCUUGCAUCACUCACUUGUUUACUUGUGUUCAAUGUAAAUCCUGCAGUGUGACUCACGCCUGAUGGUUGUUAGGUAUUUAAAUGGCUCUGUUUCCAUUAGUGCAGCCUCACAUCUUCACUGAUUUCUGACCGGGGUACAGUUGCAACGGAGCACUUUAUUCAUGCAUGGCUUCUAUUACGCGGGAUAGGUGUCUGUAAGUCUGUACUCAACCAUAUAGAUGUGUAGUUACGUCCACCAAGGAGGUAAUUUUCUCAGUUUAGUUUGUUUUUUAUACCAAUGUUAUGGAUUAAUUACUGGCCUGACUUCCAUGAAACCUGUGGAAAGGGAUAUAGCGUGGGCAAAGGAAGAACCUAUUCAUUUUAGAGCAGAUUAUUUAUCACUUGUAAACAGACCACAUGAGCAGUCGGAAAGCACAGACUUCUGCUUAGGUCGUUUCCAUUGGAAAAAAUUAUAUGUGUGUUGUAUCCAUUUCAGGGUUUGUAUCUAAAAUGUUACGGAAUUACCUUUUUCCUUUGCUAAUGUUUUCACCCUUCUAUCAAGUUUCCCAAAAGUUUUCCUGACUCAGAAAAACAAACCAAACUGAAAUCAUAACCUCUUUGGCGGCAGUAAAAACCAUCACCAUCAUAGGCAUGAUAAUAAUCUUUUAUGCAACCUGUCUAAUCAAAAUGCAUUUGCAAUCAAAGUACAGUAAUCGUAUUGUGGAUCAGUGGUGCAUUUCUUUACAGAUAAAUAUGCUAUAAUAAUAGAAAAAUAGUUGUAUUAAUGAUGUUCUCACACACCUGUGUUACACACAUGAGUGGUGCAACUUAGCAACAGUGUGGUGCAACAACAACAACAACACAUACAGAAUGAUACGGUUCCACCCCCGUGUGGCUUCAGUGUUAAUGCUGGUUUUCACAACAGCUUGUUCUAGCCUGCAUUUUUAUAUGUAUAUUUUUAGUGAUGCUUUUUAAAAACGUAGGGCUUGCGGAAUCAAUUUAAGAGCCCUGAAUUAAGGGAUCAACACUACUGAAACUCAUAGAAAUUCCAAUACAGUAUGCAAUAAGCAGAUAGAAAACAUGUCGUCUGUGUUAUAUAAUCGCUGAUGACAAGAAAAAGACAAGAAUUUGCCUUUUAUAGGCAGGGAAUCCCUGGUAAUUUCACUAGCUGUGUAAACGCUCUAAAUAUAUAUUGAACUUCUCUAUUUUGCUUGAUUAUCUUCCAUUACACCUUCAGAAUUUGGAAGAUAAAGAUCAAAUAACAUCCCAGCUCAAAGCAGUGCUGCUCAGCUACUGUUGUAUGAUAGUGUAAAAACAGCUAGUGCCUGCUUUAAUGUAAUUAGUGCCUGUACGUCAUUCCUCUACUGGUGUAUUAUGUAUUUAUUAUUGUAAGAAUAUUGUUCUACACAUGGUACAAUGUGAUGAUGUCUGUCAUUGACCUUGAAAAUAAACAUUAAUAA